AUGGAAGCAUUAUAUGUCGACAAUGUAGCACAAUCCGCACAGGGUCUAUCGGCGAUAGGUUCGAUGGCGCUUAGCGAGUCCCCCCGGCAUCGACAAGAGAAGGCUCAUUUGAUGGAAAGGAUGAAACGGCGUCACGGUAAAUGGGAUGCGAAUCACCCACGGCGAAGACUUCUGGAAGCGCUUUUUGGAUUCGCUAAAUACCGAGAGCGUAACAUGGCAGAGCGGAAUAGAUGGCGCGGACUAUAUAAGAAUAUCGGCAAGAAGCAGAAACAGGCCUUGGAGCAUGCGGUGAAUUAUAAGAAGAAGCUCGACGAUAUUGAGAAGUUGAUCUAUCGCAAUGCAGUCCUUUGCAUGGAUAUUGUGGAGAACGCGAAGGAUUUCUAUGGUAUUGAACAACGGGAAUUGGAUGAGCAUAUUUGGCAAGCGGAGAAGAGUGGACGUCAGGCUGAUCGCAUCAGUGUAUCCCAGACAUUGAAGCAUUUUGUAAGAGACUGGGCGGACGAAGGGGUCAAAGAACGAAACGAUGCGUUUCCCUGUAUCCUCACUACGCUUUCAACCCUCAAAACAACCUUUCCGAGCGGAAAGCCACUCAAGAUCCUCCUCCCUGGCUCCGGAGUCGGACGUUUAGGUCACGAAGUCGCCAAUCUCGGAGACUUCGAAGUAACACUCAACGAAUGGUCAAUGUACAUGAACGUCGGCUACCGUUACAUCGAGAACCGAACUCCUGAAGUCUCAUUCGCUAUGCACCCCUUCAUAGACGGAUUGUCGCACCAUGCCACCACAGACGAUCUCCUCCGCAAAGUCACCGCCCCCAACAUACCCCCCAACCCAUCCGUUCUCCUUGUCGAGGGAGACUUCAACACCGCGUUCAACGGCCAAGGAGGACAAUACGACGUCAUUGUAACGCACUUCUUCAUCGAUACCGCGCGCAACUUGAUGAGCUACUUCGACACCAUCUACCGGCUACUGAGGCCCGGUGGUCAGUGGCUGAACUUCGGGCCGCUGCUAUACGGUACAGGCCCGUUUGUGCAGCUCAGUUUGGAUGAAAUUAUUGCGGUUGUGGAGCAGGUGGGCUUUGUGUUCGAAGAUAUAGGGGAUGAGUGUGGGGCGUUGACGUUCGAGGAUGGGAAGGUUAGGAGUACGGGGGCGGAGUACGGAUUCAACGGGAAGGCUUUGACGAAGAAUGCGUAUAAAGCGCAGGUUUGGUUGGCGAGAAAGACGUGA